CACUUUAAUUUCAGUAAGUAACGAAUUUUAUAAAUGAAUGUUGUUAUUCUGUAACUUUAAACUUUGAAUUGAUAUUUUUUAAUAAUCAUAUGUGAAUAUUUGUCAGUAAAAGGUUCAAUACACAAACAAUAAUGAGGUCAACUUUAUCAGGCCGCAAAUCGUCCAUUAAUCCUUCACGACUACCAACAUUUGAUAGGGGUGAGAAGUCUCUUGCUUCUUCUGAACCUAGAGUAUCAAAUUUGACUAAACCCAAGUCACAAACAACAAAUACUGAAUCACAAAUUCCUAGAUCAAGAAUCACAAGUAGUUCUUCAUCAGAUAGAGGGAGUAUUAGACGUUCGAAUUUAAAAUCAAUAAGUGGAGCAAGUAAAGUAUCAGGCAAUGGAGCACAUCAUCAGUUAACAACACCCAGAACUCCACAUGUUCAACCUACAAAAUUUGCACCUGAUCUUCCUUCAGGUUCUAGAGGUAGAUCUCCAUCAGCUGAAAGAGCAAGUGAAAUAAAGACUAAUCCUGGACCUAAAAAAGACACAAGGCCACUAAAUGAUAAAAACUUUCAAACUGAAAUGCUCAUGAGAAUCGAUAGUUUCUUUGAAAACGUGAAUCAACAAUCAUUACUUAAUGCUAAUGGAAGUUUAAAGCCAAUUUCUUUAAAGAUCUUUGUAGCAGUAACAGAUUUCUUACUCAAAUUUUUGGAUUUUAAAUUAUCACUCAAUUCUAAUAAUUACAUGGAAGAGCUACCAAAAAUUGCAAAAAAACUAGAGUAUCCUGGAGUAGUAGCUAAAUCAUGGUUAAAAACUGCCAACACCAUGCAUUCUUGGCCUCAUGUUCUAGGCUGGUUGUCUUGGCUUGUUGAAAUUUGUGAGGCUAAUGAUAUUGCUGAUCAACAAUUUCAAUUAACAAGUACUCCUUGUAUUGAUUCUAUCGAUGAAGGAGCUAUUAAUCGAAAUCAAUUGAUCCAAUUGCUACAGAUGUAUAAGGUUUGGAAUGAAGGAAAAGAUGAAAAGGUAAAAGAAUUAUCUAAUGAAUAUGUUCAAAGUAUUGCUGAUGGAUGUGGUUUUCGUGUAGAAGAUCUACAAGAAGCUGAAGAAGAAUUCGAAAAAAAUCAAAAAAAAUAUGAUGAAGUUGAUAAAGCUGAUCAAGAUAUCCAAGAAGAGAUUAAUGUCACACUAUCAAAGUUAGAAGCAUUAAAGCUUGAUAGGAGUAAGCAAAUAAUGUAUAUGGAAGAGAUGGAUAAAUUUUUGAGUAAAACAGAAAUAGAUAUUCAAAAUUUAAAUAAAGAAACAGCUAUUCUAGAAAAAUUAGAAAAAAAAAAUUUACAAAUGCAACAGGAGUUAAAUGAUGCUAUUGCACAACAAAUAAUAACUCCGCAAGAACGUGAUGCAAUUUUAAAACAAUGUACAGACAUGGUAAAUUAUAUCAAUCAGUUUGAUAUACAUAUAGAAGAGCUACAGAAAGAGAUUUGGACUGAUGAUCUCAAACAUUCUCACAUCAUAGAAAAAUUAAGUGAAGCAAUUUUUGCAUACAAUCGAGAUGUUGUAAUUAAUGUCAUUCCAGAUGCUAAAGACUUACAAUUACCAGAAAGUUCACUGAAUGAUAAAAAUUAUAAAAAUUAUCUUGAUGAAAAAAUAGAAGCAAUGAAAAGAUUGAAAGAAGUACUAAAGAAGCAACUUAAUAAUCAUAAAUCUAUAAUCAACACUCAUAUGGAGGAGUUGGAGACUUUACAAGAUAAACUUAAAAUUCAGGAACAAAAAAGAGAAGCUUGGUUUUCUAAGAAUCAUGAAAAGAAAAUGCUGUUGAAUAAUAUAAAAUCAAAUAUGAAAGAAGAAGAAGAGAAGUUAAUUGCCACCAUUAAUAAAUAUGAAACUGAAAUAAGUCUUGCAAAGAGUCAAUUUCCUGAUUUGGAAAAAAUAAAAUAUGAAGUUACUGAGAAUAAGGAAAAAUUGGAAGCUGUUGAACGACGAAAGACAUUUUUAGAACAGUCUUCAAAGCGUCUAUUCCAGAGAUUUUAUGAGCUAGUAAAUUCAGAUAAAAGAGAGUUACACAAAAUUGCAGAAAGUUUAAGAAAAAUUGAAAUAUAAUUAUUUGUUUAUAAAAAAUGAAUUAAUUAAUGUAGAGAAUUUUAUUGUACAAAUUGAAUUACUUUUUUAGAAUUUAAGUUAUUAUAAUUUUGAUAUAAAAAUUUUAAUAAUUAAAAUAGACAACUCUUUUGUCGACUUAUUUUUGUAUGGUCGGAUGAAUGCCGCUCCAUUAGUUUCGUGUGUGAUUUUAUAUCACCAAGGUUUAAGUAUUUUAUAAAGUACUUUUCUAUGUAAAAAACGCUAGAAAUUGAAAAGAAUUAUAAAUAAAUAAAUAAAGAUUAUUAUUAAAUAUA